UAACAGCUAAGAUAUGGAUGUUUUGUUCAGAUAGCUUAGCAUGUAUUGACCUACAUUGGAUUACUUUUAGCAUUUCUAAUGCACAAAAUGUAUCGAAGUCGCCCCCCGCAUCCUUUCAUUUUUCUGCAGACGGCCCUCAGCGGAAAAAAAGUUUGGACGCUCCUGAUUUACAGGAAAUGUGAAAAGACUUUGGUAUUCUUCAUUCUUGGUCAUUAGGCCUCACAGCUCAUUACAUUUUAAUUCCAUUCAGACACGUGAUUAAUAUUGCUCAUAAGUCCUCGAACAGACAGAAAUGGCAAAGGCGGCGGGCCAAUCAACAACGGCGAGCAGAACUCUGCCAUUUACAAACCAAAUAAACAAAUGAAGAAAAUCAACUCUGGUGCACCCACCCAAACAAAAUAGCACUUCCACAAGGAAGAAGCUACAGGACAAUGUUUACAAAAUCCUCAUUAAGGAAGUUGUGAGAUAACACACACACACACACACACACACCAUAAGCACAGAGCAAAGCAGAGCCCACCAUAUCGUAGAUAAGAGACUGCGAGAAAAAGCUGGGUCGAGAGAGCAAAGCACAGAAAGCGCGUAGGACACAACAGAGAUGACUGGAUGGACUGCACCAAGAAGCCACUGGACCUGCAGCACAAAAGACAUCAAAAGGUGUGCACGUUGAGCACUGCAAGGCGACAUAAGGCUUACACACCAUUGCUGGGAACAUCCGCUUUCCACAGCAAAGGUCAAGAACACUUUUUACUGACGGGGAUUGCAAAAAGCAAAUUGUUGAAUUUUUGUUCUCCAUGGCGAGCAUUUUGGUUUAUUUAUUGGGAACUAUUUGCAGCACCAAGACUUUCCUCUUGCUUUUGGCCAUCCAGUCGCUCCAGGGGCCUCUCUGUGGAGAGAGCAGUCCCAUCUCCAACACAGAUCAGAGGCUUCCAUCGGCUACGGGAAUGCGGGACGAACUGGGACGGACCGUGGACCCAUCCCAGUUGGAGCAGGAGAGCAAUCUGAACAGGCAGGGUGUCCUGGAGAGCUUGAAAGAGCAGUUUUUGCAGACUUUCAACCUCUCUGGCUUGGGUCCACCUCCGCUGCCACCUGGAAGCAUACGAGAGGAGCCACCUGAGUACAUGAUGGAGCUCUACAACCGCUUCGCCAAUGACCGCAACUCCGCACCCAGUGCCAGCAUCAUCCGCAGCUUCAAAAACGAGGAUUUUUCUGCAAGUGCUGUAGGCGUUGGAGGAGUACGGCGCCACCCACUACUCUUCAACGUGUCAGUCCCCCAACAUGAGCGCAUCACGGCCGCCGAGCUCCGCCUCUACACGCUUGUCCAGACUGACCGCCGUCUGUACACCGGUGUUGAUCGCAGGGUCACUAUCUAUGAAGUGGUACCCCGAGAUGGAGAUCGCAACGCCACCGAUGAGAAUGUACUUGUAGAGAGACAAGCAGAGGAGCUGGUGGAGUUGGCUUCACGACAAGUUUUCGGCACUGAUGACGGCUGGGAAGCAUUUGACCUCACUGCUUCCGUUCAGCGGUGGCGUAAAUCAGAGCAUGGCACCACACAUCGAUUGGAAGUGCACAUUGACAGCAUGGCGGAGGACGAUGCACAAGUGGUCAGAGAGGAAAAUGAAAUUAAGAAUACUGACAUGAGGAUCGACACCAGCACCAAGGAAAAACACAAACCCCUGCUGAUUGUCUUCUCUGACGACCAAAGCGGUGACCAUCGAGACGACAAGCGUGAGCUGAGUGAAAUGAUUGACCAUGAAACCUCCAACGUCAUUCUCCAGAAUGACUUAGAGAAUGACUUGUGGGGCGGCGAUGACACCGACGGAGAAUCCGAGCCAGAUGAAGCUGACCUGAUCCAAAUGCGCUCCAAUCUGAUCUACGACACAUCCUCACGCAUCCGCCGCAACGCCAAGGGCAACCAUUGCAGGAGACAGCCUCUGCACGUCGAGUUCAAGGAUAUCGGGUGGGACAGUUGGAUUCUCGCGCCCAGCAGCUACGACGCCUACGAGUGCUCUGGGAUUUGCUCGUUCCCGCUGACAAAGCAUGUCACACCCACCAAACACGCCAUCGUCCAAACGCUGGUGAACAUCAACAGUCCCCAGAGAGUGGCGCGGGCGUGUUGCGUCCCCACCAAGCUGGAUCCCAUCUCCCUGCUGUACCUGGAUGACACAGGUGUGGUCACGUACAAGCACAAGUAUGAAGGCAUGGCUGUGGCUGAAUGUGGCUGUAGAUAGUUGAUACUCACACACAUUUAGCAUAUAAUACAAAGGACUCUUUGAAAGAGCUAUCCUAUAAGGCUGGAAGUGCAUGGAACCAUUGCAUCAGGUGUGGUCCUAAGGUUUCUGGACAUUGUCCCUUGGGACAGAGAGCUAUGGUUUCUCCAAUUAUUUAUUAUAAAUAAUAGUUUCCAAACUUUCAGGCACAAUGGAGUUUUGCUUUAACUAAGCACAUUCUGCACCAUUUCUUCUGUGGGAACUCGUGGGCCAGUGGUUCCCCCCCUCUCCAUCCCCGACAUGUGUUUCCCUCUUCACUUAUCUCCGGCCUCACUUGAUGCACUAAUCAGCACUUCAGUGAAAUGGCCUCCUCGAGGCAAUCUGACAAGACAUGAACUCUCCAAGCCCGCCUACUGUGGCCUCCUGAUAUGUAGGCACCACGCGAGGGUCCGACUGGCGAGGUUAUCUAUCCAAACCCAGUUUCCCACUUCACAUGCCUCUUUUCCACUACCCUCCGCCCCCACACCAAAGUCGCAGUGAUAGCAAGGUGUUUGAGGCUGAGAAACAUGUAUUCCGCCGAUCAGACAUGGACGCCAUUCCAGGCGAGGUUCAAGGUGGCGCGGAUGGGGGAGUGGGAUAGAACAAGGGGCAGGGGUUGACCACAUUCCUAGGUAGUCUCAACUCGCUGACCUAGCACCAUGUUCUCCCAGAGUGUCUCCAGCUCUUGAGUUGAGUCAUUCAUCACUAUUUUGGGGACUGCGAACCAGAAAAAUAAAUACCGUGUGAGUUUUCUUGGUAAAACCCAGAGGAAAAACGUGUUGUCUUUUGUUGUAAGGCUUUUGAUACCUCUGCUGCUUGAAAUAAAUGACCUACUAUUUAUUGCUCUAAUUUAUUAUUUUUUAAUAAAAUGGAUAACUAUAGAUGUAAAUGUUGUUACAUAAUGAUGAGCAUGUUUUGAGGCCUGUGACAAAGCUUUUGGACAUUCAAGGAAAACUGCACUUUCUUUUGGAAUUUUGCCCAUCAUCCACAAUCCUUAAUUGAGACAUGAACACAUUCUGUAUGUCUUUUUACUUUGCGCUCUCAAGAUAUCAAAACAGCUAAAAAGACUGAGCUAAGAAUUCACGUAAUGGGAAACAGCUAUUCCGCCUAGGAAGCCUUCUGAAAAGGAAUCCAAAAAGCACCAACAUUUGCAUAUAUUGUGACGAGCAUUGUUAUUAUUAUUAUUAUUAACAUUGUCACGCUGAUCGAACUACGUUGCUGCCGUACUGACACCUUGUAACACCACACCGGCUAGCAUCUAGCCGGCUAGCGACUAGCUUCACCACACACUCGCCCGCAGCGCGUCUCAACCGCGUCUUUACCCCAAAGGGUAAAGCUACAUAUUGGUGCUGCUGCUGUGUUUUGCAUUUUGGAGUUUGGAAAAGUUAAUGCUAGGUGUAGGUGUUCGUUUCUGUGUUGCUAUGUGAAAUCAAUGCGCCCAGGAAGGAAGUUUGAGUAAUGCUUAAAAGGACCAAAAUAUGGCAAAACACUGUGAGUAUUACAUGUUAUCAUGAAUGUACCUGUUACUACAUGGUUACAGCAUGUAUAAAAAACCAUAAAACCUUGUUGGAGGUUUUUGGAGGUGUUUUAAUAGCAGCCUUUGUAGGCGGAAUAGGUGCUUGCAGUAAUGAGCUGUCUCUUAUUAUCUGCUUUUUUAUCUUUAGAACGCACAGAAAAGGGAAAGACGUGUGUUCAUAUCUCACUUAAGGAUUGCGAACGAUGGGCAAAAUUCAAAAAAAUAGUGCAGAUUUCCUUUAAGACGACAUGAUAAGACAAAUUCGAAUAUAUAAGUUAUUAUUAGGCUGUCUGGAAAAGGUGACUCGACAUGUUCAUUGUUGUGCUGCCAUUUAAGGAAGGUUGAUAUUUUUAGUUGAUGCUUAAUGGUCAUUUGGCCCGUUUCCUCCAUCCAACGGUAUCAGCUCACAGGUCAGAGUUCAUACAUGUCUUCCAAACAAAGACCCAUGGGAAACUGACUUAGAGGGUCCGUUAAUGAAGAAAACUGAUCAUCUGCUGCUCACACGGACAGCUGUGAUGGAAAACCUGUACAUGAGAGGGAAAAUGUGAAUUUAAAAACCGCCAAUCUCAAUGAUGGUGACUCUCUACUGUCAAAGUGUAGGAUCCAGACCUUGGAUUGCGAGUGAUUUUGAUGUACCAAC